AUGGCGUCAAAAGGAAAAGAAGCAGCGCAAAGUAAAGAUGCUACGCCAACAAACCCACGAGGCAUUCCCUAUGCUCCGUUCGUCGACAAGGUCGAGGACUAUGUUUCUACUCGUGACGACGUCGAACCCACUCUACGAAGCUUCCAAGAAAUGAUAUCGAAAUACCAAUUCAUGGAGAUGAACCUGCAGAAGCGAAUGGGUGGCCUCAAGGAGAAGAUCCCGGAUAUCCAGAAGACUCUUGACUCGGUCAGGUUCUUGAAAUUAAGAAAGGAUGACGACGAGGCUAUAGACACGACGUUCGAACUUAAUGACACUCUGUACUCGAAGGCGAAGAUUCCUGCGACAGAGGAGGUCUACAUCUGGCUAGGAGCGAAUGUGAUGCUCUCGUACCCCAUAGACGAGGCAGAGACACUAUUGAGUUCCAAGCUAUCCACGGCAAAGACCAGCUUGUCUAAUUGCGAAGAAGACUUGGAUUUUCUCCGCGAGCAAAUUACGACAGUGGAGGUCGCUAUAGCAAGAGUUUACAACUGGGAGGUUGUGCAGAAGCGAAAGGACAAGGUCGAGGAGGAGGCAGAGAAGAAGAAAGGGAAGUCCCAAGGCGAAUAA